GACAUCUUUGAGUAACCCAUUCGGUGCGAGACAUCACCAUUCUCACCGUUCUAUAGUAGUGACAAGAGACCGUGAUGUCGCUUCGGAUACACUGCGUGCUUGGCAACGUUGCUUCAAACUCCGUGGAGCCAUUACCGCUAAGUAUUCCGACGGAACAAGGUCGUGACGCAGGCCAUCCAAUGGUAGGAUUUCUCUUUACUUACAGCAAAACCACCAGCCUAGAAGUGCAGCACUAAUCACCAUCGAAGAACCUCUAGUGGAACCUCGAACCCGACAGCAUGGAGCCACAGCAAACUCCACGACUUACUCCGCGCAUCCAUCAUGCCUCAGACAUCCGCGCAGACUCCAAUCUGGCUGCAAGUCUAACAGCCUUUGUCAAUAAAGGCUAUCGAUACAUGUCUCCAGCCAACAAAGAACGGUGGGAACAUGAUCUGAGUGAUCGACUGUCCUCCCCGGACUCGAUCCAUCAAGCUUUAGGCGACGAUGGCCUCUUCGCUGUGGUCAAUGACCCGGCUACGCAACGACCGGUGGCUUGUGCAGCGACAAAGAGAUGGAAGGCUGACCUUAAGGGUUUUGCAGAGGCAAGAGAAACGGGGUGGGAGAUCAAGACAGUCACGACGCACAUUGGUUGGAUGAAGAGGGGGCUCGCAGGAUAUUGUGUGGAUGCUUUGAUCGAUGAGCUCGCGAGACAGGAGAGGUUGAAGCGUGGAGACGAGACCACAGCAUCACAUGAGCCUUUGAAUAUAUGGAUCCAAGCUGUCGAGUGCUUGAAUGGAGCAUUCUGGAUGAAGAGGGGUGGUUGACUGAUGCGAUCGUACGACAACCCCGUUGGACACUGGGGCUCGAAGUACGGCUACCGCCUACUAGUCCUGCUGCGAGAAAUUGACGUCGACAAACGGUUGUCAAGGCUGCGUGAUAUC